UGUCUGCUCCUGGCGCGUAAUUAAAAUAGGCGAUCUUUCAAUCAGUAGCCGGAGACGGGCCCACGCUCCACAGUAAGCUCCCGGGAGAGCGCGCUAAUUGCAGGCGGGAUUCGGUGCCCGGGAUUCAUUUAGCGCAAAGACACAUCCCAAGUACUUUCAAUCGAAUUGGCAAAACACACACACACACACACACACACACACCAUCAUCAUCCCGUCCGUCAUUUGGUUCAGUCUGACUCAGAGGUCGCGGGUUUCGGAGAGACGUUCUGUUUUACGCAGCUUCCCCCGUCCCAACGGGGAGGAUGCAUUAUAUAUACUGAGGCGGGGCUCGUGCUACGAGCGGUCAGACGAAGCUUCGGUAGAAAGCGCGAGGGUGUUUCACCUCCAACAUCACGCCAGCAGACUGUCAGAGAGCGGCGCGCGCACACUUCUCGGCGUAGCGGACAGACUUUGCGUGCGGAGAUGAGGCUGAACCUGCUGGUCUCCGCGGUAGCCGUGCUCGUGGCCGUUCUGCCCCGGUGCAGCUGUCGCUCAGCAGACACGCAGGGCGAGAAAACGCGCGCACUGCCGCCGCCACUGCCACUGCUGAUGCGUCUCGGGGAGGAAUACUUCAUCCGGCUGGACAACGCUGCCGCCGCGCGCGGACCCCCGCGUACUCACAUCAGAGCUGGCGGAUCCGCGCCAGACGAGAGAGAGACGACCGUUAACCGCGCGCUCCAGCUGCAACUCACGCAGUGGCUGGAGCGCGCGGGCUUGGACCCGGUGGAGAGAGCUCGCCGCGCGGAGGAACCGCCCAUCUCCCUGGACCUCACGUUCCACCUGCUGCGCGAGGUUCUCGAGAUGGCGCGCGCGGAACAGAUAGCACAGCAGGCCGAUAACAACCGGAAAAUGAUGGACAUUUAUGGGAAAUAAGUCACGCACACACACACACACACACACACACACGCACACUCAAGGGUUAUCUGUAAAGAAAAUUAAAUCUUCUUAAUAAAUAACUACUGAUUAAGAAAGGCAUCUGUCUUUGUAAUUCACCAAGUGUGCGCACACACACACACACACACAUACGAUGAAACAGACAUGUGGACUGUAAUAAAACACUGCACGAUGCGUUUGCAGAAGAAUGUGAAAUGUUUAUAUUUGUAAUAAAAGUUACAACUGCGUCCAAAUGCUUGAUGAUCUGUGCAGUAUUCCUCCUGUCUGUUCUACAUAGCAGCACAGCA